AUGGCUAAACUCCUUUCUACCUGGAAAACGUCAUAUACUAGCACCAAACACUUAUGGCGCAAAUAUAGCACUCAUAAAAUCCUUCUGUUUAUCUACAUCUUCGCCGUCCUCACAUGCUUUUUGGUGCUCUGUCAUUCUUUUUAUCAUUCAAAUUUCAGCGAUCAGACUCCUUGCUGCAAUAAGCAAAGUAAUUGCUUAGUUUCAUGGCCGCCCAACAUAGAUCUUAGCCGUCUGUAUGCUCAGACCGCUGCCAAAGUCGGGGUCCCAGUGGUUCGUUAUAUUCUUCCAUAUCUGGCCAAACGCCGCCCACAUUUCUUACGAAAUCUCCCCACCACUCAGUGCCCGCGCAGAACUAACAUGUCUGGGGAAACAUUGCUAAAUGGAGAGCUUCCGGCCAACACAUCGCUAAGUCAACCAGUCGAUCUUCUUCUUCUCGUCAAGUCACUUAGCAGUCAUUUCUCUCGUCGUGAAGUCAUCCGAAACAGCUGGGCUCGUUUAGACCGCUUCAAAAAACUUGGCCUCAUCGUUCGGCGGAUGUUUGUCGUGGCGAUGCCGAUAAAGUGCAUUAACAAGGCCACCAAGUUCAAUAUAUGUAAAACCGUAUCUCUUGAGGCAAAUAAUUUUGACGAUAUUGUUGAAUACAACCAUCCGGAAUCAAGCCUCAACAGUACAAACAUGCUUCUGUUCAACCUAAAGGUCAGUUUAGAAAACGGUUCUCCAAGUUAUGCUUAA